UCAAACAGAAAAGUAGUCAUCUGAGCAGAGGAUAAUGAUGUGCUGCCAAUGUGAUGUAGUAGUCAUCUGGGCCUGACUCUAUAUAGCUAGACGGCCGCCGGCCGGGCACUUCCCCUCCAAGGUCACCAAGAAUAACCCAACCAAAGCAUAGAAUUUAGCGGAGGAGAGAGACCUCUCGAUCGAGGCACCAGCAAUGGCCGGAGGCGACGACCUGAAGCUGCUCGGCAUGUGGGCGAGCCCGUUCGUGCUGCGGGUGAAGCUCGCGCUCAGCCUCAAGGGCCUGAGCUACGAGUACGUCGAGGAGGACCUCGGCAACAAGAGCGAGCUCCUGCUCCGCUCCAACCCCGUGCACAAGGCGGUGCCCGUGCUCAUCCACGGCGGGAAGCCCGUCUGCGAGUCGUCGGUCAUCCUGCAGUACAUCGACGAGGCCUUCGCCGGCGCCGGCCCGUCCCUCCUCCCCGCCGACCCCUACGACCGCGCCGUCGCUCGCUUCUGGGCUGCCUACAUCGACGACAAGAUGCUGGCCGCCUGGAACCAGGCGUCGAGGGGCAAGACGGAGGAGGAGAGGGCCGAGGGAAUGAAGCAGUCUCUCGCCACGGUGGAGACCCUGGAGGGAGCCCUGAGGGAUGAUUGCGGCAAGGGCAAGCCCUUCUUCGGCGGCGACAGCGCCGGGUACGUCGACGUCGUGCUCGGCGGCCUGCUCGGAUGGGUGCGGGCACACAUGGAGCUCCAGGGCGUCAACUCCUUGGACCCCGAUCGGACUCCGCUCCUGGCGGCGUGGGCGGAGCGCUUCUGGUCGCUGGAAGCCGUCGAGCCGGUCAUGCCCGACGUGAGCAAGCUGGUCGAGUUCGGCAAGAUGCUGCAGGCCCGUCAAGCGGCGGCGGCGGCCGCCGGCAACAAAAUGGCCGGAGGAAGUGAGGAGCUGAAGCUGCUCGGCGCCUGGGCGAGCCCGUUCGCUCUGCGCGUGAAGCUCGCGCUUGGGUUCAAGGGCCUGAGCUACGAGGACGUCGAGGAGGAUCUCGGCAGCAAGAGCGCCCUCCUCCUCGCGUCCAACCCGGUGCACAAGAAGGUGCCCGUGCUCCUCCACAACGGCAAGCCGGUCUGCGAGUCGCAGAUAAUCGUGCAGUACAUCGACGAGGCCUUCCCCGGCACCGGCCCCUCUCUCCUUCCUGCUGACCCGUAUGAACGUGCCGUCGCUCGCUUCUGGGCCGCCUACGUCGACGACAAGCUCUUGGCCUCGUGGUUGCAGUCGUUCAGGGGCAAGACGGAGGAGGAGAAGGCGGAGGGGCUGAAGCAGACGCUCGCGGCGGUGGAGCACAUGGAGGCGGCCUUCAGGGAGUGCUCCAAGGGCAAGCCCUUCUUCGGCGGCGACACCGUCGGGUACCUGGACGUCACGCUCGGGACCCUGGUCGCGUGGGUGCACGCCGGCGAGAAGCUAUACGGGUUCAGGCUCUUCGACGCCACGAGGAGCCCGCUCCUGAACGCGUGGAUGGAGCGGUUCGGCGCGCUCGAUGCGGCCAAGGCGGUCCUGCCGGACGCCGACAGGUUGGUCAACUACGCCAAGAUGAGGCAGGCCGAGGCUGCAGCUGCUGCCUCAUCAAACAACUAAUAAUAAAUUGGCUCGGCGACGUAACCGGUGUUUGGGUCAGACAAGGAGGACUCGAUCUGAUCGAUAUCCUGUCCCUGAAAAAUAAUGUAGCAGAUUGCUAUCUGUGUGUGUGUGCGCGUGAUUACACUUUAGAAAUAAAGAAGUUGGGCCUUGUUUGCACAUCA